CCAGCCUGUCCCAGACCACAGCCCAGCCUGCACCCCAAAGCCUGGAGCGAAGCCCGCUGGGCCGUUGACCCGUGGAAUCCAAAGGCUGCUGCUGUGGGUUCAUCUGAUCCAGAACGUUUCCAGAAUGGAGGGAGGCACCUGGGUUUGAAUCCUGGCUUGUCACCCACUUACUGAGUGACCUGGGCUGGGCACGUCCCCUCUUGGAAUCUGUUCUUCGUUUCUGCAGGAAAGUGGUUGACUGAUGAUUGGCAAGGAUGUUUCCUGCUCUGAAACUGGGUCUUGGAUUCUAGAUUUCCAUGGGACAUUUGAGAAGUCUGGACAGGACAUAGGAAUCUGAAGGGCAAACGGCUCUGGACCCAGCGCUCAGCACAGCCCACGUCAUCUUCACUUGAGACUUGGGAGUGACCCCCUGUCUCCCCUGAGUGCCUGGCUUUGCACCUACUCCUCUGUGCCCCACAUACUCCCGCACCCAGGAGGAUUUCUCUUCUAUAGCACAUCCGGGCAGGGCACCAGGGCUCCGGAGGAGUGAGGAGUCAGGCCAGGUGUCCCAGACCUGGAGGCGGCCAUGGGGGCCCGUGCUGUUGUGACCGACGCCAACAUCUCAUCCAGCCUUGAGAGCAACACCACGGGCAUCACGGCCUUCUCCAUGCCCGGCUGGCAGCUGGCCCUGUGGGCCACUGCCUACCUGGCCCUGGUGUUGGUGGCCGUGACGGGCAAUGCCACGGUCAUCUGGAUCAUCCUGGCCCAUCAGAGAAUGCGCACAGUCACCAACUACUUCAUUGUCAACCUGGCGCUGGCUGACCUCUGCAUGGCCGCCUUCAACACCGCCUUCAAUUUCGUCUACGCCAGCCACAACAUCUGGUACUUCGGCCGUGCCUUCUGCUACUUCCAGAACCUCUUCCCCAUCACGGCCACGUUCGUCAGCAUCUACUCCAUGACCGCCAUCGCCAUUGACAGGUACGUGGCCAUUGUCCACCCCUUCCAGCCGCGGCUCUCGGGCCCCCGCACCAGAGCGGUGAUUGUCGGCAUCUGGCUGCUGGCCCUGGCCCUCGCCUUCCCCCAGUGCUUCUACUCCACCAUCGCCAUGGACCAGGGCGCCACCAAGUGUGUGGUGGUCUGGCCUGAGGACAACGGCAGCAAGAUGCUCCUUUUGUACCACCUCGUGGUGAUCGCCCUCAUCUACGUGCUGCCUCUCGUGGUGAUGCUCCUCGCCUACAGCGUCAUCGGCCUCACGCUCUGGAGACGCGAGGUUCCCAGGCACCAGGUGCACGGCGCCAACCUGCGCCACCUGCAGGCCAAGAGGAAGUUCGUGAAGACCAUGGUGCUGGUGGUGGUGACGUUUGCCAUCUGCUGGCUGCCCUACCACCUCUACUUCAUCCUGGGCAGCUUCCAGGAGGACAUCUACUACCACAAGUUCAUCCAGCAGGUGUACCUGGCGCUCUUCUGGCUGGCCAUGAGCUCCACCAUGUACAAUCCCAUCAUCUACUGCUGCCUCAACCACAGGUUUCGCUCUGGAUUCCGGCUUGCUUUCCGUUGCUGCCCGUGGGUCACACCGACUGAGGAAGAUAAGAUGGAGCUGACUCACUCUCCAUCCCUUUCUAGGAGAGUCAACAGGUGUCACACUAAAGAGACUUCUUUCAUGGCUGGGGAUACCGCCCCCUCUCAGGCUACCAAUGGGCAGGCCAGGGGUCCCCAAGAUGGGGUACCUACUGAACCCUGAAGCCUUGUGCCUGGCACCCUUGGAGAAGUAGCCAGUUGAGAGGUCCAGAUCUAAAAGUUUGACCCAUGCCCCAGGCUUCAGUGCAUCAGUGGAAAAACAAGAUGGGGCCAGGAGCUCUGCAAGUGGAUGCCAACUCUAAUAAGAGGGCCCAGCCACCCCUCUGACGGGGCUUCACAGCAACAAGAGUCCAAGAAGACAGUGUGAGUUAACACAUCUCAUCCAGGAGUCACAGGCAGGGAUGCCUUCCUGGGGCAUACACCCUGAUCAGUGACUUCCGGCGUCGGGGUAACAGGGAACGGGGGGAAGUGGAGGGCGUACGCAGCCAAAGGGGACAGCAGCUGACCAGCUCUGGACAAAUGUUGUCAUGAGGUAAUGGGUGCCCACCAUUGCCAGAUCUUCCGGAUCUUUCAUGACACGCCAGAAAUCCAAAUUUGUGAGACUUCCAGCCUUGUUCCAUUUGGCUCACCUUUUUAUAAAUAUUCGUUAGACCAAACAGAACACACCUGGGGACAGCACCCAACCAUGGUACUGAUUUAUUAUCAGGCUAAAGACCACCCAGGGAGGGAGCUGCUUACUUUGCAAAGCCCAUCACCUGUGAGUCGACCUGGGGCUUCUCUGCUUCGGCAUCUAACUCAGACCCAGCUCAGUGCACACCGUGGCUAAGAGUCAAAAGGAGCCGCGGCUGUGUUGCCUCAGACAAGUCCUUCUGACCCUCCGCCUCUUCUUCUCCCAGUGACAAAACUGCCUCACAGGGAUGCUGGGAGGAAGACUGAAGUGCGGCCUCUAAACCAGCGUCAAGCGCUGAAGAACCAGCAGGCGAGACUCUUAUCCCGGCCCAGCCGGCUGUGUUCCGCGGAUGCCUGCAGGACGCGAGCAGCGGUGGUCACGCUCACGCCGGCAGCGGGCAGGUGGAGGGCAGGGAACGCCAAGCAUCUCGACUCCCGGAGAGCUCUAGGCCUGACCCACUGCACCGCAAGGACACCCUUCUCCCUGCCUGCCGCCUCGCCCUGCACACCCCAUUUGCCCCUCCAGAAGAACCACGUGACACUGUAAAUGCACAGCAAGAGGAGCGCCUGGGUGGCUCAGUCGUUGGGCGUCUGCCUUCGGCCCAGGUCACGAUCCCAGGGUCCUGGGAUCGAGCCCCGCAUCGGGCUCCCUGCUCGGCGGGGAGCCGACUUCUCCCUCUCCCGCUCCCCCUGCUUGUGUUCCCUCUCUCGCUGGGUCUGUCAAAUAAAUAAAUAAAAUCUUUAAAAAAAUUUUUAAAAAAAUGCACAGCAAGAGAGUUUGAUGCUAGGUGCGAUCCCCCCAGAGAUCACGGUGCCCAAUAAUGGGGCUCCGGCCUUAACCCGCACAGGGCACGAGAGGCAGGCUGAUGUGGGACCCACUGGCGGGCCAUGGGGUGAAUCAGCAGCCUCAAGGUUGAGGUGGGGCAGGGAUAAAGGGUCAGGUGGGGAGCGGUUUCCUACAGAAGGGAUUCGUUUAACAGGGGGCGGGGGGGGAGGACCGUGUAGGCAACCUGCUCCUGGGGCUGCAGCAAGAUGUCAUCCGUGUUAGAGCAGGGUCUACACCCUCUGUUCCCUUGGAGUUGGCAGACGGUGAUGAAGGGCGGGGUCUACUUGGGGACGGCGGUGGGGACAGCCAAUGUGCACUGUCCUCUCAUUAAACCCAAACAAUCCCUGGGAGCCCAGAGGCCUUCUACCGCUUUACCUUCCUAACGGUGCGGUGCGGGGCUGAGACCCUGGGGCUGCGGCAGGGAACUGGCCGGGCAGGUGCUAGAAAACAAGGACAGAGGCUAGCUCGGUGACACUCUGCAGAGAACAGAGAAGUUAUGCUACUCAACAAAGGCUGGGGGCUGAAGCACUCUCCC